AUCAACAAGUCGCCGCCUGUAUUCCGUGUUUAUUCCUCCCGAACGUCUGCCUGCUCUCCGAACCUCUGGUCGAACGAGUUUCUCUUCGAGGCUAAAUGCUUGGGUCGAGGUUUGAAGAGAGAAGUCCACACCCCCCCUGCGAGAGCGCGGGAAACUUGAAGCUUAGUGCGCGCUCCCUCCCGUGCAUGCGCGUCCACUACUGUCACGCCGGGAGAAUGGACCUGGAGAUUGUGGAGUUUGUGGUUCCAGUAGAAAGCAACAAAACACUUUUUGUGUGGAACAUUGAACCCAGUCAGACUGAGGCCCAGCUCCAGGAGAAGCUCUUUGCGACUUUUUCUGGGUUUGGACCUCUGUACACGCUCAAGGUGUGUCACAGUGACCCGCUCAGCUCGUCAGGCUUCUACGCGGUCAUCAAGUUCUACUCAGCGUCUCAGGCCUCGCAGGCUCAAAGGCACACGGACGGACAGCCGCUGUUCCAGAGCCUUCCCCUGAAGGUGCGCCUGGCCUCCAAACAGUGCCACGAGCACCAGACCGAGGGUCGACCUCUGGGUGAUGCCAAGUGUACCGAACUGGCCAAUCACUUUCUUGGCUUCAACAGCUGGUCCUCUGAGAUCAUCACGCUGAAGCAACUGACUGAAGAUGACGACGACGACGAUGAGGAGGGAGGAAGGCGAACGCUGAGGUUCGGCUGUCUGAUGCAGCUCACAUUUCCUCAGCAUGGACAGACAACCAGAGGUGCUGCAGUGGUGGAGGAAACCUUCACCUGUGCAGGUCCGGAGAUGCUUCUCCAAAAAUGCUGCCAGCUGCAGAAGCUGGUGAGGCACAAGGCCCUGGCAGAGGCCUUCCGUUCCGUCCUGCUGGUGCGGCUAGCAGGGGAGAAGGUCAUGGUGGAGGUUAAACCGAUGGCUCAGCUGACUCUGGAUGAGCCGGAUCAACUGGUGAAGGUCAACUGUCUGAACACUGAUCAAGAUCAGGAAGACCAGGACUUGGACGACAUGGAUAUACCAACUGAACUGAACUUCUGCUGACAGAGAGACGGGUCAGACGGAAAGACAGACAGAGACAGAGCGUCGCAGACAGACCUUCAUCUUCAGGCAGGUAUCGCUUGUCGAUGGCUUCUUUGAUCUGGUUGUUGGCUCCUUUGGGGUCCAGGUCCAUGGCCCAGCUGAAGUUCAUCAGAGCCAAGUGGGUCUGACCCAGUUUCUUGUAGACCUGCGAUCCAAACCAGACACUGUGAGCUGUGUGCGCGCGUGACGUCGGAGGUCAGCCUCACCUUUCCGAUCAGGAAGUAGACCAGAGACUCUUUGGGGACGAUCUGCUUCAGCUCCUCCAGCUCCUGCAGAGCCGCCUGCAGAGGGAGGGUGGAGCUUGGUCACAGACGGAGAUGAUCUCAGACCAACCCCGCUGAACUCAUGGCUCACCUUGUACUUGUCGUUGGCGAACAGAAUCGAGGCCCGAUGGAACUUGCACAGGGGGUUCUUGGGAUCGAUGCCGAUGGCUUUGUUGAGAGUUUCUAAGGCUGCGUCAGACUUCUUCAGCGCGUGUUGAACCUGCACAGAAGCCACACAUGCGUCAGUCCGCCAAGCCAAGCCAAGCCAGGGCCGGCCUCCCACGCACGCACCACUCCGAUGUGACACAGGAGCACGGAGCUCUGCGGGUUAAUGCUCAGGGCCUUCUUGAAGUGGAUCUC